CCGGCGUGCGUUCGCCUCCGCCUGCGCGCUCCUCUUCUUAAUGGCGGGCGGCGGCUGCUGAGCGGGGACGCCGAGGACCGCGCCGCUAGCACGGGGCAAAGUUUCCCUGCCGCUUCCUCUCCGCUCGCCGCCGGCGGUGCCCCAGCUCGCCAGCAUGUCGGUGGUGCCGCCCAACCGCUCGCAGACCGGCUGGCCCCGGGGGGUCACGCAGUUCGGCAACAAGUACAUCCAGCAGACCAAGCCCCUCACCCUGGAGCGCACCAUCAACCUGUACCCUCUUACCAAUUACACUUUUGGUACAAAAGAGCCCCUCUAUGAGAAAGACAGUUCUGUUGCAGCCAGAUUUCAGCGCAUGAGAGAGGAAUUUGAUAAAAUUGGAAUGAGGAGGACUGUCGAAGGGGUCCUGAUUGUACAUGAGCAUCGGCUACCUCAUGUGUUACUGCUACAGCUGGGAACAACUUUCUUCAAAUUACCUGGUGGUGAACUUAACCCAGGAGAAGAUGAAGUUGAAGGAUUAAAACGCUUAAUGACAGAGAUACUAGGUCGUCAGGAUGGAGUCCUACAGGACUGGGUCAUUGAUGAUUGCAUUGGUAACUGGUGGAGACCGAAUUUUGAGCCUCCUCAGUAUCCUUAUAUUCCUGCACAUAUUACAAAACCUAAGGAACAUAAGAAGUUGUUUUUGGUUCAGCUUCAAGAGAAAGCCUUGUUUGCAGUUCCUAAGAAUUAUAAGCUGGUAGCUGCACCAUUGUUUGAAUUGUAUGACAAUGCACCAGGAUAUGGACCUAUCAUUUCUAGUCUUCCUCAGCUUUUGAGCAGGUUCAAUUUUAUAUACAACUGAAUACCUGCACAGUGGAGAAGUCAAAGAAGUGGCCUCUGCAAGCACAGCUGUACACAGUGUAGAAUAAACUCCGUAGACGUGGUUUUGGUUUUAUCUUUCUUGAUCCCUAACUUGACACCAACUCCUUGUUGUUUGAUAGUAAAGUUAAUAUGAACAACUAGAUAGUGGUGUAAACAAAUGUGAUUAUGUUUAUUUUUGGUUUUACCUAUAUUUUUUUGUACUACAUUAAAGAAAGUGGACUUCUAUUUGUUAUUAUUUUUUCCUAUUUCACCUUAAGCUUAUAAAAUUCUUACGGGUGAGGAUGAUAAAUUUUCCCUUCCUAGGCUGGUGAAUGAGAGUGACAUUUUAAGUCAGUCAAGCAUCUGGGACCCUUGCUCCAAUGCCUUUCUUGCGGGUAUUCUAUAAGACAAUGUUAAGAUCUUGUGAUGAGAUUCUUCUGCUUUUUUAGAGAAGAGAUUUGCUUGAUCGAGACCAAGGUGGAAUUCCUGGUAUAUUACUGUUGAUACAUUUUAAACUGGUAUGUCCAGACCCUAGUUAGGUAGGAGAAAUAAUGCAGAGAUUGACUAGUCAGCAAAAUCGGGGGGAAUUGGUAUGAGAAGACCCAUUUAGAACUCAUUUAAAGUUUUUUUCCUCACAUAACGAGGAUAUUAUUUAUGCUGUUGGUGAAAUUCUGUGUUUUACUUAUUUUUAGUGAUUUGUGAAGAAAAUUUAUAAAAGUGGGUUAUUUUCAAUUUGCAAUUCAUAAAAAUGAAAAUCUUGGUUUUAGAAGGUGAUACAAAAUCUUUACAAAAUAAGUUUGUAAUGUAAGUCAGCUGAAAUCUCAAGGUAAAGUAAUGAAUACAUUUUGAAAGCCUAGAGAGAAAUACCAAGUUAAGCAGUUUUAAAACACUAUUAGCAAUAAAUUUGGAGAAAUAAAAAUAAUCUUCAAGCAAAGUAGUUUAAUGUUAAAGAUACCAUAUAAUGUAAGAUGCAGUGACAAAGAGUAGAGGUUGGUAAUUGUUUUUAAUAGAAGUGAAUGCCUGAUUAUUUUUAUUGUGUUGAUCACAAAAAGUCUCUGGAAUAUUGGAUUAUAUAAAGGUAUAUCAUUUAUUUUUCCCUAUUUUGAUGAAAAAUCCAACCAAGAAUAAUUAAGAGACUAAACAUUCAGGUGUGUUUAAUUAAAGUCCUGCUAAAUCUGUGGUUAACACAUCCAGUGGAUUCUUACUGGGUUUAUGCUUAGUGAUAGAUUAGUGCAGGUGUCUAGGAACAAAACUGAUUUCCUUUGAGAAAGCCCCAAGUUCCCUGGACAGCCCUCUUCCCUCAAGGGCCAAGAGUACUUCCCUCUCUGGUUUACACUAUUUCUAACAUGUUUCUAACAGUAUAAUUUUCUGGUGAGCUUAUCAGCUGAGUCCUUUGAGUAGGGGAAGGUAGAGAUGGAGAUGCUUGAUCCAGCUCACUUCCCAGUUAAAAAGCCACAGUGAACACAUUGCUGAUGUUUUGGCUUUCGCCACGUGUGGGAGAGUGGAGAAAGGGCUGAGUUUCUUGGUCUGGUUUAUAAGGUGCACUCCACAAGCAGAAUCUGAGUUAUCUUCUAAUUUGAGGUUGGUUACAUCCUAGUAUACUAAAAGUGCUUGAUUUAGAAAUGCUUUUUUUUUUUUUUUUUGCUUUUUGGGUCACACCCAGCGAUGCUCAGGGGUUACUCCUGGCUUUGCACUCAGGAACUACUCCUGGCGGUACUUGGGGGACCAUAUGGGAUGCCGGGGAUCGAACCCGGGUCGGCCGCGUGCAAGGCAAACGCCCUACCCGCUGUGCUAUCGCUCCGGCCCCGAAAUGCUUCUUUUUUAAGAAAAAAUUUAUUGAGAAACCAUGAAAUACGAAGUUACUCAUGAUUUUUAGGGGUACAGUGUUACAACACCAGUCCUUUCACUUUGCCACUUUGCUCUACCAAUCCCCAGCUUCUCUCCUGCUCCCAUCCUGCCUCUCUGGCAGGUACUUUUUCUCUUUUGCUUUUAGGCACCACGGUUUACAACAAUGUUACUAAUAGGAUAUUGUGCAUAUCAUUUUCCCUCCUUUCAGCACUCAAUCCUAGUGCAGAGUGACUACUUCCCUAGGUCAGUGUCAUAGCAGUCCCUUCCCGACCUAUCCCACCUCCCCUCACAAUGGCAAAACCCCUACUAAGGACCUGUUCUUUGCCCUUCUUUUCUAUUGCCUUUGGGCAUUAUUUCCCUACUGUGCUUCUUUAUAUCCUGCAAAUGUGUGAGAUCUUUGUCUUGUCACUUUCCCACUAUUUCGUUUAGCAUGAUACUCUCACCCAUAUAAGCAGCAAAUUGCACUACUUCAUUUAUUCUAACAGCUGUGUAGUAUUUCAUUGUUUAUGUCCAUAGCUUUUUCCAUUCAGUUCUUGGGUUAUUGCCAGGUUUUGCCUAUUGUGAAUAAUGCUGCAAUGAACAGAAGAGUGCAGAUAUCUUUUCUGCAUUAUUUUUGAUCCCUUGGGGUAUAUUCCCAGGAGUGGAGUUGCUGGGUCAUAUGGAAGCUCAAUUCCUAGUUUUUUGAGGAAUGUCCAUGUUGUCUUCUAAAAUGGCUAGACCAGUUGACAUUCCCCCCUACAGUGAGUGAGGGUCCUCCUCACACCCACACCAACACUGGUUGUUCUUUGUGGUGAAUGCCAGUCUCUUUGGUAUGAGGUGAUAUCUCAUUGUUUGGAUUUGCAUAUCCCUGAUGAUUAGUGGUAGAGAACACUUUUUGAUAUGCCAUUUGGCCAUUUGUAUUUCUUCUUUGAGGAAGUUUUUGUUUUCUCUCCAUUUUUUGAUGGGGUUGGAUUUUUUUUUUUGUAAAGUUCUACCAGUGCUUUAUAUAUCUUUGAUAUUAACUAUCAGACGUAUGGUUGGUAAAUAAUUUCUCCCAGUCUGUGGGCCAUCUUUGUGGUUUGGCCUUCAUUUUCUCUGAGGUGUAGAAACUUCUUAUUGUAGUCCCACUUGUUUAUCUUUGCUUUUCACUUGUGACGUUUCAUCCUCAAAGAUGCCUCUAGUAGAAAUGCUUUCUUAAUCUCUAGUAGUUACUUACACAGUAAGGCGUAGGUGAGAAAAAUCUUUUACAUAAGUUGACUAGAUUCCUAACUUGGAAUGUAAGAAAUCAGUUUUGAAUGUAAGUUCAAAUAAAUCUUUGAGACUGCUUUUGAGCUGGUCAGUUAUAGUUGUACCAUAAUAAUUUCUUACUCCAGGUUUCCUGAUCUAAAUAAAAGAACUAGGGAAUCGGGGGCUGGAGCGAUAGCACAGCGGGUAGGGCGUUUGCCUUGCAUGCGGCCGACCUGGGUUCUAUUCCCAGCAUCCCAAAUGGUCCCCUGAGCACCAGCAGGGGUAAUUCCUGAGUGCAGAGACAGGAGUAACCCCUGUGCAUCGCUGGGGAAAUUCAAAUUUGACUAGAUACUACAGUUAUCAGUAUUGGGUAUAAGGGUUAAGGUAAAGGUCACACUUCAGGAGCCAACAGUCAAACUGUGCAUUCCAAUCCUCUGUAAAGCAGUAGUUUUCAGAUGAGUUCUUGAUUAGCAGACAUUGUUAAUGAGUUCUAGGUUCCCAGUUUGAUUGUAAAUGAUAACCUUUUGCUUUAAAAUAUGCCAUAUUGUUUUCCCUGAGUGAUUUAAGCAGUGUAUACUCUUAUAACUACAGAAUAUUGGAAAAUAUUCUAUAAAUUGGGGGAGAAGUUUUUACUGAAAUGAUUUUUGUGUGUGGUUCUGGACUUUAUUGAGAGGCAUGAACUCCCACUGAGCCACAUUGUCAAAUAUUUAAACUACAUUUAUGAUUGACAGCUCUAUAAAAAUGGAGAAAAUUUCCCUAAAUGAUGAGAACAUGAUUUUCAGCAUUUUAAAAAUGUUUUAAUUCUGCAUGUGAAUUUGUAUUUUUAUCAUGAAUUUUAUAAUCAGCAUUAAUUACAAGGUUCAAAGUCAGUAUUUAAGCAAAACAACCGUAAUAGUCUAUUUUCCAGUAUUUUUAAUUAGAAGUGAAAAGUAGAGGUUCUUCAAUUCAGCUGACCUAUAAAACAAUCAGUUUCUUUCUUUGGGGCUGGAGCAAUAGCACAGCAGGUAGGGCAUUUGCCUUGCACUCGGCCAACCCGGGUUCAAUUCCCAGCAUCCCAUAUGGUCCCCUGAGCACCUCCAGGGGUGAUUCCUGAGUGCAGAGCCAGGAGUAACCCCCGUGCAUCGCCAGGUGUGACCCAAAAAGCAAAAAUAAAAAAGUUCCUUUCUUAAAGGUGACUCCCAAUCUCCCGAGUAAGUAGUGGCUUUAUUUUUAUGAAAGUAUCUGUUCACUUGAUAUGACAUGCUUGGAGGAGUAGUUUAUCUUCAGAGAGGUCCCUAAGCUUAAUACCUACCAAAUUAUUUACCAGUUCAUAGUGUUUGGAACACCUUAAGCUGAUAACCAUCAUUAAGACUACUUCUGAGAGUAUGCAGUUUUGCAUAGCAUAUUUCCAAAGAAGACUUUAACUGUGGCAUAAGUCAGCUUCUGUAGCAUAAGAUUCAAUAUCUAAUAAUUAUUCUACUUAUCGUACAUCAUUAUUUGGGCCCAAAUGGACUGAUUUCAAGCAGUAUGCCUUUAUUAAACGAGCAAAACAAUGCUGUAAUUUGACUUGUCAAAAACUUUCGUAUUAACUCAAAUUAUAUUAGUCAAAUUUGUGUUUGUGGGAAAAAAAAAAACAGACUGAAACCUAAGUUCAGAUUAAGCCAGGUAAGCUGGAAUUUGUAUUUUACUGAGACCAUGUAAAAGUAUAUUGAAUAUUAUGUUUGAAGGAAGGAUGAGUGGAUUUACAGAGACUUUGGUUAAUGCAGUCAUAUAGUGUGCUCACUUAUAGUUUGACUUUCAGAAUUUUCUUGGCAUUACGUUUAUAGAAAACGUAUAAUAAAAGAUAGCUGUUUGAAGUUUUGGUUAUAUUUUUAUAUUUGUAAAGUAAAUGUUUGAUUAAAAUGGUCACUGUUUUGUUUUUUUAAUUGUCAUUUCAAUAAAAAAGUUAAAAACCGGUAA